AUGUGCUGUCACGUCAUGUCAUCUGCCGUCCUGCGCUGCGCUAGGCUGCCCCGCCCUGUGCUGCCCCUCCCCAGCGGAACAUCCGUUUCCAAGCGUCUCUUCACCCUGCUGCGGAGCGACCAAUCAACUGACAAAGGAGGCGGGUCAGUUACGCCCCCGGUGCCAAUUGGUCCCUGGCGGCGGUGGGUGUGCCGAGAGCUGGGCGAUGAAUGGAGGUUUGGGACGCGCGCGAGUGAGUGCUUCUGGCGCGAGAUGGGGCUCAGCGACGUAUGCGGGUUCUGGAGGCUGGUGUCUGGCCCGGAAGAGCGGCGGCUGCUAGAGCUUCUUUCCUAUGGGCUGGUGGCGCUGGGUGCCGCCUCUGCUCUGCUGCUGUGCUUCAUCCCCAUGCCCUACGGCCGAUACUCCUCGCGGCGCUUCGGCUGGCUGCUGCCCGCCCGCCCCGCCUGGGCACUGCAGGAGCUGCCCUCCCUUCUCGUCCCGCUCGGGCUCGCCGCCUGCGGUGGGGCUGUCGCCGCCGACUGGCCCAACCGCCUUCUACUGGGCUGCUUUGUCGUGCACUACGCACACAGGUGCGGCCCUUCGUCGGGGACGGGGGGCAUUGUAAUUAAAUCAAUAGGCAAUAGGGAGUCACUCGUAUUUCCUCUUCUGAUCCGGGAAGGAAAACCAACACCAUUUUUCACUUUUGUGCUAGCACUUCUGUUCUGUGUUUACAAUGGAUACUUGCAAGGCCGAAGCUUAAGCAACUAUGCAAAAUACCCUUCAGGCUGGUUAGAAGAUCCGUGCUUUAUUACAGGUUUUAUAGGGUGGUUGGUUGGCAUGGCAAUCAAUAUUCAUUCUGACCAUAUUCUCAGAAACCUGAGAAAACCAGGGGAAACUGGUUACAAGAUACCAAGAGGAGGAAUGUUUGAGUAUGUCAGUGGAGCCAACUUUUUUGGAGAGAUCCUGGAAUGGUUUGGGUUUGCCCUUGCCUGCUACACCAUUGAAAGCCUUGCAUUUGCAUUGUGUACGCUUUUCAUCUUGGGUUCAAGGGCAAAACAACAUCACCAGUGGUACCUUGAGAAAUUUGAAGACUACCCAAAGUCCAGAAAAAUUGUGAUCCCAUUUGUGUACUGA